GGAUUUUAUUUUAAUUUAAUGACAGUUCUCAUUAAGGUUAUUUAGGUUAUGUUUUGAAAACUUAAAGAAAUAUGCAAAACGAUUAUUGAAGAAAAUAGUACUUUUAAUUAAGCAAUACGUAAUUAUGUUAAAAUAAACAUGUCGUUAUUAGCAGUAAAUAAUGAAAUCAUAGCAGUUUCGAAGGCAAAUUGUGUUGGUUGUUAUAACAGAUCAACUGAUGUAUUUCUCCAGUUUAAAUCAGAUGUAACGUUACAAGAAGAUGACUUCGUUGUGGAUAUUGUUACAUCCCCUAAUAAUAAGUUUUUAGGAGUCUUAUUGUCAGCAUCUAAAAAGAUAAUAAUAUGUGAGCUGCCUAACUUGAAACAUAUGGAAACGUUGAUAUUGCCACGAAGUGCAAGCAAAAUUCGAUUCGACAUGUCUAGUACCAGAUUAUUAGUAGCAGACAAAACAGGAGAUGUUCUUAUAUUUGAUAUUUUAAAAGAAGACAAGGGAACUAAAAUUCUUGGUCAUUUAAGUCUUUUAUUAAACAUAUUACAAACUAAUGAUGGUAAAUUUAUCAUAACAUCAGACAGAGAUGAAAAGAUUAGAGUGUCUUGUUAUCCUAAUGCUUAUAAUAUUCAAACAUUCUGCUUAGGACAUAAGGAAUUUGUUAUGCAUAUAGAACUUUUACCUGACCUUCCAGAAUAUUUAACCAGUGCUUCAGGAGAUGGACUUGUUAAAGUAUGGAAUUAUACUAAUGGCAAACUUCAUUAUACAAUUGACACUUAUACUGACGUUAAAAACAAUAAUGACUUGAAACAAAAUUUUUGUAAAAUAAUGAAUGAAGAAGGGAUUGAAAUUAACAGUUUGCCUAUAGUGAAUUUUGCAAUUACUAAAUUAUCUGAUUCUUUUAGUCUUAUAGCUGUCACAGUUCACUCUUAUAUGAAAAUACUUAUAUACAGUUUAAAGUACGACAACAAACAAUUUAGCCAUAGUCUUGUGUUGGAGCUUCCGUUUGAAAAUUAUCCUAUUUCUAUAAAAUUCCACAAUUUAUCAUUGUUUGUUUAUGACAUUUUAUAUUCGAAAAUUUCGGAAUAUCAAGUAUCAAUAGACAGUGACUCAAUUGUUGUUAAUUUACACAGACGAUUACAUGUUUUUGAAAACCAAAAAAUUGAAAUAAGUAACACCCUUGACCAUAAUUCCAUUAAACUGUUAUUUAAAAGAAAAUUUGAUAAUGUACAAGAGUAUCAAGAGAGAAAGAAAAUGAGACUGGAAAAACCAACAAAUUAGAUUUAUUUACGCUUAUUGUAAAUAAUAAUAAUAAAUAUAAGUUACUUUUUAUAAUAA